AAGAUUGUAAUCAUACGUGUAAGAGCAUUGAACGUUUCACUUUAAACCAAUAUGUUUAUCUGUUUGCGAGGAUUGAUCUUCACGCACGAAUUAUUGACUUCGCGUCCGUUGUGCUCGAGUGAUAGUACCGUGGUAUUAUCAAUGUUCUUUUACAUCACCUCGUCAAUUUUUGUAUGUAACAAAUCCGUGUUGUGCAAUUAUUUAUCAUGAUCACAGUGAGUGCAAUAAUUACUUCAGAACUGAAUACUUCAUUGCUUCAGAAUUCAAACGAUUAUCAACACAAUGAGACUGAAAUUUAUGUUAUAGAUCCAUCUAGAACUGAGAAAUAUAUGACAAGAGAUUACUCGAUGUCGAUUGCACAAACGAUUAUAUUUUUCUUAUUUGUGUGCGGUAUUUUUUUUGCAAUUGUAAUGUACUGCAAAGUAUGCAGCAGUAUUUGCAGGGCAUCUGAGUUAAGUUAUAACGAGCAUAGCGUAUGCCAAAGUACACGCACCUGUGCGAAUGUAGACUAUGAUUCGAUGCGAUGCUUCACGAUUGUAGAAUCAAGUGAAUUAAGGGAUACACCACCAUCGUACAACGAAGCUUGCAGUGUUCCUCCUCUUUAUGGACUGUCUUCUAACAGAAUAGUUGUCCCUGAAGCUCCACCAGUAUAUUCAGAAACUCCAAAACCAGAGGACAGAGUAUGUCAACCAACUAAUCCAGGCUUUUCAGUUGCGCAUCAUGUUUGAUAUGUUGUAAUUACUGAGUGAUAUUGUAUAAAUAAAUUUAAUUUUAAUAUUA